UCUAAUCCUGAAAUUCCUUUCCACCACCGCCAUUGUCUUCAACCUUUGUUUAUCCACCUCAUCAUGGCUCCAGUACCUCCGGCGCGACCGUACCGGGAUUUCCUCACGCCAGCCCUACACAAACGCUUCACAGAUGCUAGCCUGUACACAUUGCUGCUAUGCUAUACCAUCUCAAUGUGGAUGGAUGACUGGAACCACUACCUUUGGGCAUGGUUUCCAAUCGGUCCCGCAGGCAUACGAGCGCUGCUCAUCUUCAUCCCAGCCCUCGUCGUUUUCAUUUUGCGCGUUGCGCAAUGGCACGUCGGCCAGCGGAACACAGACAGACCACUGGAUACCUUCCGCAAAUAUGCCAUCCGGAAGAACACCGUCCUGACGCUGACCGGCUAUGCGAUUUCGGCGUGGUUCUACAGUGAAAUAUACAUAUGGACUCGAGCGGGCAAGUCUAGACUCAGUCUUACCGACCGUGGUGGUCGCCAACACGAUUGGAUCAGGCUGAAUGAGCGUCCGCUUUACUUGCGAUUCAUGUUCUUUAUUCUGGCCAUGGUGCAAGGAGUGUGCCAUUUGUGGUUUGAUUACGACACAAUUGAUUUGCCUGCUAUGAAACCCAGGAACGACAAAAGCACGGAUGCAGAGCGGCCUUCCAAACGGCCCAGCAGGGUCCUGAUGCAAAAGCUCAAGCCGAUGGGGCUGAUGGCUGUCUUUCUUGUGCUUUUUACAUUCGUGGCGGGGAAUAUCCUUUAUUUCCUCGGAUUCCGAAAUAUUCUCUGGGAGUAUUACUACUCUUUUGCUGCUAUGAUGGUGAGCCUACGACGGUCCUCUACGCCAUUCGGACUUCCGCCAUUCGCUCCAUUGGUCGGCAUGUUUGUCACUCAAGGAGCGCUCUUGGUGUUCCUUUGGCAAUUGGUCAACACUGCAUUUGGUAUCUAUAUUGCGCAGGCCCCGCUGAAGAAGGGUCGACCGAUCACCAGCGACUCGAAGGAUCCGAAUGGCAGUUUAUUGAGUGGUUUGAAGGCCAAGAAAGAAACAGUCAAGGCAAUCGCACUUUGGGAAUUGGCUUUGAUCACCGAUCGCUUCCCCGAGCGCCGCAGGACCAUUUACAGUGAACUGGACCGUAAGACGGCUUCUACAUCCAAGCAAAUCACAGACAUUUGUCUUGCGGAAGUGCGUCUUCUCAUCACACGCAUUAGCAUUGCUUUGGAUCCUCAAUUCCGGCCAGCCGAUGAAAACGGUCAAAAGCAGGAAGUCGGACCCCUCACACUGGUUCCCAAAAUCGCUCGUCCAAUUCAAAAUACACCUGUGACCCUUGAUGGGCCGGGUCCUGCUCGAACCCGUUCAGAGGAGGCCGGACAACUCGUUUCAGGCAUCGCGAAGGAUCUCAGCUCGCCCACCAACAACAACCUCCGGAAAUCGCCAUAUGUUCGGAAUGGCUUAGAGAAGACACAACUCGCGAUCAAAGAGAAUACACAAAAAGCCGAGGCAUCCUUCGAAGCUACAGGAAUUUGGCCAGCAUUGAUCAACUCGUGGGCGGGUCGCCCAUUCCGACAAAGCCUGCGUCGCUCCGCAUCUCUAAUAGUAACCGGCGCGCCCUACUCUCAUCUGUCGCCUCUUUGCAACGCCAUCACUGCUAUCACGAAUCUUGCCGUUCUAUCUCUAAAGGAAGAUGACUGGGGUCGCUUCUCCAAGCAGGUGCCAGAUAUCAUUCGGUCCUUCACACUUGCGCUACAAAAAUUGGAGGAGUAUGUGGAUUCAUUGACGGUGCAUUGGACGGAUCUCGAGAUGCUCAGCAAGCCCGAGGAGGAGAGGAAGAAAAUUGCCGAGGUGGAGCAGGUGCGCGAGUGCUUGAGGGAAGGACUACGGGGCAUUCUAGGCGUCUUUGCGGAGUACCUCAGGUCUAUUGAUUUGGGGAUUGUGGAGAUACAGGAAGCAAAGAAGGUCGUAGCUAGGGGACCCGAGAUGGCACAUGUCAGAUAA